AAUGUAAGAUCUGUAUUAAAAGAAAAGAACUCUUCUUAUCGGCUACAAAGUUUGAAAAAAGAUAUUUUAGUGAUUCAGUCCGAACUGCUCGAAUUGGGCAAAGAGAACCAUGAUCAAUAUAUUAGAUCCCAGGCUAUGGAAGGAUAUUUAACAUUACUUACGACUAAAACAAUGCCCCUAUCUCUUAAUGAGAAAAAAAAUAUUCUUUUAGUUGCUUUUGACAAGCUUAAGCAAAACUCUUUACGCGAAGAAUGCCUUUUUAUCUUCCUUAGGAUUCAAAAUUUGCUUUGCUAUUAUCUUAUACAGUUAGAUGAAUCUACUCUCGCCAAAGACAUACUUGAAAACAUGGAGGAAAUUUAUGAAAAAAUUAGCAAAUCAAAGGUGGGUAUAUAUAUCGACACGGAAGACUUGUUUAUGACUGAAACACUCGAUAGUGUAAAAAGAUUAAAUCCAGAGAAAAUUGAUAAAUUAAUAACUAAUAAUGUUCAGAUGUUGGCAUUUUUAUAUAAUAAAUUAAAUAUGCCACAAAGGUAUACUUUAUAUAACCACACCGCUCUUAGGAGACAGUUAGAAAUGAAGGAGGGUACUCCACAGGAUUGGGCUUUACGAACAGCAAGACUCGGUAACUACUUUACACAUCUUAACCAACUUAGCAAUGCUCGGCAUCAUUUAUGUGCAGCUUAUUACAUAUUACGCACUUGUCAUGAUAAUUGUAAACUUAUGCCGGAAGAAUUCGUUCUCCAAAAAGCUGAUUUCGAGAUGCAUUUUUUAGAAUUGAGUCAUCAUUGGGUUAAAUAUGGUCUUACACUUUUUAAAUUAUCCAGGAAAAAGAUUUUGAAUCGCUAUUUUUCACCAUCCGCUACCGGAGCAGACACAUGGAGAACUGUAGAUAUGUUGAAUGAUAUGGUCACGAAUUCUGAGAAAAACGAAGAAAAUGUCAAGGACAAUGGGUCAGAAAAACGUGAGAAAGGAGAUGGGGUCUGCGAAACGGUUUUCACUUUUCCUACUUUAGAUUUAAAAGAUAUAGAAAAGAAAGUACCACUAGAUACGGUUUGUACAACAGAAGAAGCGCGCCGGCUAUUUUCUUUUACACACAAAUGGCUAAUGCGAGCUAAGCACUAUUACGAUUUUGAACAUUAUUCCGCUCAAUACAUAUCUUGCUCAUUACAACUUUCUGAAUUGUACGAAUAUUUGUCAUUUUUUGAAAAAAAUAUUGACAACCAGUACAGCGUACAAAAAAGAAGAGCGGACGUUUUAGAAACUUUAAAUUCCUUACUAAAAACUUGCGAUAACGCCAUGACGAUACAAAUUGACGUUAUAAAAGAAUUAUCACAGGUUCAGUUAGAAUUGAUGGCGUUAAAUUUACAGAAGUUAUGGCGUGAAGAAUCGCAAAUUAACAUAUUGAACUUAGAUUGUGACGCAGAUUCCAUAAUUAACUCUUUGGACUCCGAAUCAAAUAAGACUUUAACUGAAAGGACGUUGAAUACAAACUCCAAAAAUAUGUUUCUGAGAAAGAUGGAGGCAGCCACGUCUCUCAAUGCAAAGUUAUAUAGAUUAAGCGACCAAUUAGGCGCAAGUACUCCAUCGGAGCUGAGCUUUACAUGUAGUGUGCAAAAUAAAAGCUAA